AUGCCGACCAACGACGUGCGGGUUACCCGCAGGUUGACCUCUUCAGGUCCGCCUCGACCACUUGCACUCGUGUAUGUGCUCCUAACGGCUUUUGCUGCGUCGUGCACUGUCGCAUCGGGCCACACGCCUUCUUCGCAGGACUUUGGCCGUCGCUUAAGUGGGGCCUCGGGCAACGAAGACCAAACGGUGCCGUUCUACUCGUGGGGCAACACAGUCGAGACGCUGCGCUAUGGCCUCGCGUUCAUCAUUGUGCUCGUAGCGGCCCAUCCGCUCGGCCUGUUGUUCCCCAAGUACUUUAAGCUGCCGCUCAUUACCGGUUACCUCGUGAUUGGGAUCAUUGCCGGUCCCUUUGUGGCCAAUUUGCUCACGGAAGGGCUCGUGGAAAUGCUGUCCAACUACGUGAGCGCACUCGCGCUGUCGUUCAUUUCGUUCCAAGCCGGCCAAGAGAUCUACUGGCCCGAGCUCCGGCCGCAGCUCAAGUCGAUUUUGAUUUUACUCGGCGCGCUGUACCUGACGGCAAUGGUCAUCCUCACGUCGGCCGUCCUGGCCACGGAAAGCGCCUUCUUCUACAAGGACCUCAUCUUCAACUGCCAAUUGGGCAUUGCGCUCAUGUUCGGCUCCAUCUCCGUGCUCGGGUCGCCGGCCACGGUCAUGGCCAUCAAGAUCGAGCUCGACAGUGUCGGGCCGUUCACGAACCUCAUGCUGGGGGCCACGAUGAUCGCCGAGUUUGUCGUGCUCGUGUCGUUCUCCGUCUCCCGCAUCGUGUGCUCCAUCUACUGCGCCGAGCUCGACGUCUCCAUGCUGAAUCUCAUCUACACACUGGGCAUUGUCCUGUCCAACGUGCUGGUUGGCAUCGUGUUGGCGGGCCUGACGUUCGCGAUCUUUCAGAUCCCGGGAGGCGAGUCGCACCACCAUCACCAGCAGUCGGCAAACGACUACAACGGGGUCGACCAAAGCCCGAGCGCUUCAAUGUACGGCGAUCCGAAGACCGAUCCCAAAGCUUCGUACGUCGAGGUGGACAGCACACCGCAGGCGAAUGCCCGCAACAACACCGGGCACGCCGGCAACGGGGGAGCUGCUGCUCAGUCGUCUUCGUUCCUGACGCCUCAGACAGCGCUGUACCUGAAAGGGUUCAUCUGGCUGUCCAUGGGCUACAUCUUUUACAUCUCGUCGUCGUUGCUCGCGCACCUCACGGCCGCGCAGUUUGGUCUGUCGUGGGAGAUCAAGUUCGAGCCCCUCCUCGUGCUCAUGGUCGCUGCGUGCAUUGCUGGCCACCACACGGCCAUUCGACACGACAUGCACGUGAUCCUCGACACGGCCGCACCGUACAUGUUCCUGCCGUUCUUCGUGAUGACGGGCGCCGCGCUCAAGCUCGACCAAGUGGUCCAUGCUAUCCCGCUCAUGACUGUCUACGUGCUGCUGCGGUACGUCGCGAUCUUCAUUGCGUGUUACUUCGGCGGCCGCUUCCUGUUGAAGUUACCCCCAAGGCAGUACAACAACCUGUGGUUGACCAUGACGCCCCAGGCCGGUGUCGCCUUGGGGCUGGCGAACGAAGUGAAGGUGCUGAGCGAUGAGACGUGGGCAGCCGACUUUGCGGCCACGAUCGUAGCGGCAGUUGUGGUGAACCAGAUCAUUGGGCCCGUGUUGUGUGCCAUGGGACUGGGCCGGGCAGGGGAGACGCUGCAGGACCGCUUGCCUGAUGACAACGAACGCAAGACGGACUUUGAUGGCAAAGAGUUUGACGCUGGCAAGGACUUUGACGGCAAGGAGUACGACUUUGACGAUAACAUUGGCAAGCGGCGACCAAGUCGUCUAUCCGUCAGGUACAGCUUUAACCAGCGAGCAAGCAGACUCUCGAUCUUUGACCAUGGAGAUCAAAAGGCGCCACCACAGUUCUGCAAGGUGCACAAUGCAGUGGUCAUUGGCGACGACGAAGUCGCGUUCGAAGUGGCACUCGAGCUCUCGCUCUACGGCGCGCGGGUCAACGUGCCGCUCUUGGACCAGGAACGCACGGGCCAGUGGCAAAAGAUGAACGAAGCGAUUCUGCAUCGCGCGGCCAAAGGCGACCUCGUCUCGUACAAGAACACGCUCAAGGACCGGGACAAUGCACAAGCCAUGUCCGCGGCCGACGUGCUCAUUUUCACCGGCGACUCGAACCGCACGCGCGAGAACGUGCGGAUGCUCAAGUCGCUGCUCGGGGAGUCGCACCCGCGCAUGAUUGCGUUCGUGCCGGACUGCAAGUUCAGCAAAGAGAUGAAGGCGCUUGGGGUGUUGGUGAUCCAGCCGUCGAUUGCAUUGGCGAACAUUGCCACGCGCAUGGCGCUCCUCGACGCCAAGUUGGCCGAAGCGCUCUCGAAUGAGAUCAGUACGACCAGCGACUUUAGCACGGCGUCGUACUUCAUGGGUGGUGCCGGCGGCGAUUUGACCGACUUGCGCCUGGAAGGCCGUCGCUUGGCGCUGGGCCGGAGCGUCGUGAAUCACCACUCGGUGGACUAUGAUCGUCUACUGGAGACGUUGGCUUCGGCACACCUGCCGCCACCCCCACCGCCCUCGCGGGUAUCGAUGUUUGGUACCUCUGCUGCCAGUGUGGACCCAUUCAGUACGCGCGACAACCGAUCCAACUUCUUCGUGAUGCACGACGGGCCCGAAGAAGCAGUUUCGCACAUUGUACGUCGUUCGCGCCACAGGAUUAGCAUUCCUACCAUUGCAGGCUAA